UAAAUCGCUCGGGGCUGCCCGCGGGUUGUGCGGGGACGGGAGGCUGAGUCCGGGGGGGGGCCGCUGUCGGUGCCUCUCCGUUCGCAGCAGGCCGGGCGCGGCUCCCGCAGGGCUGAGUUGCGCGGUGCUCGGCCCCGAGCGAACAUGUCCUUCGCCAAAGAUUUCAGCAAAGCAAUGUCCCAGGCCGGCCCCUCCCAGUUCCAGGAAGUGAUUCGGCAAGAGCUGGAGUACUCAAUGAAAGUGGAACUUGAUAAGAUACUUGCGACUGCGCCCUCCAAUGAGCUAGAGCACACUAAAAAGGACCUGGAAGGAUUUAAGAAGCUAUUUCACAGAUUCCUACAGGAGAAGGGACCAUCUGUGGACUGGGGGAAGAUUCAGAGACCACCAGAAGAUUCUAUCCAGCCCUACGAGAAGAUAAAGGCCAGAGGACUGCCCGAUAACAUCGCUUCUGUCCUGAACAAGCUGGUAGUUGUGAAACUAAAUGGCGGUUUGGGCACAAGCAUGGGCUGUAAAGGCCCCAAAAGUCUUAUUGGGGUGCGGAAUGAGAACACCUUCCUGGAUCUGACGGUUCAGCAGAUUGAGCACUUAAACAAAACCUACAACACCGAUGUUCCUCUUGUUCUCAUGAAUUCCUUCAACACGGAUGAAGACACAAAGAAAAUCUUGCAGAAAUACAGUCAAAGCCGAUUGAAAAUAUAUACCUUUAAUCAAAGCAGGUAUCCCAGAAUUAACAAGGAAACUCUGCUGCCAAUAGCCAAGGAUGUAUCUUACUCAGGAGAGAACACGGAGUGCUGGUAUCCCCCAGGCCACGGAGACAUCUAUGGCAGUUUCUAUAACUCUGGUCUGCUGGAUAACCUUAUUGCAGAGGGGAAGGAAUAUAUUUUUGUAUCCAAUAUAGAUAACUUGGGUGCUACUGUGGACCUUUAUAUUCUGAAUCAUCUUAUGAACCCACCCAAUGGAAAACGCUGUGAAUUUGUCAUGGAAGUCACCAACAAAACCAGGGCAGAUGUGAAGGGUGGGACGCUCACGCAAUAUGAAAACAAACUGAGACUGGUGGAGAUAGCUCAGGUCCCAAAAGCACACGUGGAUGAGUUCAAGUCCGUCUCAAAAUUCAAAAUAUUCAAUACGAACAAUCUGUGGAUUGCUCUGUCUGCCAUUAAAAGGCUGCAAGAGAAAAACGCUAUUGACAUGGAGAUCAUUGUUAACCCAAAGACCCUGGAUGGAGGCUUGAAUGUUAUCCAGCUGGAGACUGCAGUUGGUGCUGCUAUUAAGAGUUUUGAGAACUCUCUGGGAAUAAACGUACCUCGUAGUCGUUUUCUGCCUGUUAAGACCACGUCUGAUCUCCUGCUUGUGAUGUCUAAUUUGUAUAGUCUUAAUGCUGGAUCUCUAACAAUGAGCGAGAAGCGUGAAUUUCCAACUGUUCCUCUCGUCAAACUGGGAAGUUCUUUCACAAAGGUUCAGGAUUACCUGCGGAGGUUUGAAAGUAUUCCAGAUAUGCUGGAACUGGAUCACCUUACAGUUUCAGGCGAUGUUACAUUUGGGAAGAAUGUUUCAUUAAAGGGAACAGUUAUCAUCAUUGCAAAUCACGGUGACAGAAUUGACAUCCCAGCUGGAGCUGUACUAGAGAACAAAAUUGUAUCAGGCAAUCUUCGGAUCUUGGACCACUGAGCCAAUGGAAUGGCACGGCCGGUUCUGCAGACUGCUGUGCUAAGCAGUCUCAUCAUGGAAGAACAUUUAAGCAUUAGAAAUAAGUACACAGAGGGCCUCCACUUUGUCAUCUUCACAGAACCCUGCAGUAUUAAUUUUAAGUUAAUUUCUCUCGUUUAUGUUUUUAAGCAGAUACGUAGCGCAGUGGAUGUGCAUAAGUGAUCUUUCAGACCUUAAAGAGAUUCUGUAACUCAGUUAAUAUAACCUUGAAGUGCAAUACUGUUUGUCUUGAGGUAAGAUGGACAGACCUACUUUGUUAAGAGGCUUGCCUCUAACACGUAGUUGUUUUGACUUGCUUGUAAGUGCAGAAAAAAGCUGUGAAGCAAUACAUGUGGGACAUGGUUAGCUACUCACACAGCUUUUUCUUUUCUAGUGAAGUGUAAACAGCAGGCACAGUUGAAAAACCAAAAGUUUCAGUACUGCUAAAUGUGCUGUUAAAAACCCCGUAGUUCAUGUGCUCACAAAUAUCCCAACCUUUAACCCUAACCCCCCCCCCCACA